UGUGGAACAAGGAGCAGGAACCGUUUCUCCAAAGUGAUAAUAUACUUGAUUCGUGUUGGUUGUUUUAAUGUCAGGAGCACAUGUUAAAUUUAAAGUAAAAUGAAGGUUGGUUUUAUAGUGCUCUUCGGAGCCACAUUAAUAUUGUUGGCGCAGGGCCAAGAUGACGAUGAUGAUGGUGGCUAUGCCGAGUUGACGGAGGGAAUCGAAAAGUUUUCUCUUGAGCUCUGGCAGAGGUUAGCCAUAUGGGUAGAACCGAGACAUGAUGAUAGCUACAUGCUGGCGUCCUUUUCCGUGUGGGCCAUUAUGUUAGUACUCUACGUGGGAGCUGAAGGAAGAACCCGCACCCAGCUGCGUGAUUCCUUGGGGAUCACCGUUGACGAAGAGGAAAUGAAUGAGUUCUACAGGGACAGAAGAAUACUUAUCAACACCACAACUCCUGAGAUGGUGGUUCACACCUUGCAAAAUCUGUACUAUGACAGGAACUAUCAUAUCGAUCAACAAUACAGGAGUGUUGUGCUUGAGAACGGAACGACACCAUGGCCAUUGGCCUUCUCACAAAAUAUUGUUCGGAUAAACGACGAUAUUAAGUACGAAACUUCUGGAUUUAUUAAGCAGAGAUAUGAGCAACGAAACAUAUCCGGGGCCAGGAUGUUACUGCUCUCUGCCAUCUACUUCAAGGCCAAGUGGAAGUACCCGUUCGACAAGAAGCUGACGAAAAAGGAACCUUUUUACAGCGAGGAAGACGGCAAGCAAUUGUCUAAGAUGCCCAUGAUGGUGCAGACAGGUAAAUUCGCCUACGUGGAUGACAUAGAUGAACUGGAUGCCCGUGUCCUGGAACUGCCCUACGGUAAAAAGGGACUAGUGAUGCUCGUGAUGCUGCCCACCAACGGCGCCAAAAUCACCGAUACGGUCAACCAACUCAGGUACAUGGGGAUGAGUCCUGUCCUGGAUGCUCUCAAGAAAAGGACCACCAAGAACAAGGAAGUGGAGGUCAAGAUACCCAAAUUCGAUACAUACACCAGAUAUUAUCUUACGAAAUUCCUAUCAGAAAUAGGUAUCGUGGAUGUUGUAGACUCUUAUAAGGCUGAUCUAUACCGGAUGACCUCAGAUACCCACAACGGUGUAAGAAUGUCCCUCUCGAACUGCAACCAGUUCAGCCGGAUAGUGGUGGACGAAGAAGGCAUCAAGGGGUCGACCCCGAGGCCUGCGCCAAAAAAUAAGACCGGGGUGGUAAAGUUCCACUUGAACAAGCCUUUCGUGUAUGUGAUCUUUGAAAAGGAGAAGAACCUGAUGCUCUACGUCGGCGCUGUGCGGAACCUGACCACGGAACCAGCCACUUUGGAACGUUAAAUUUCA